GAAUUUCUUUGAUACCUAAUAAAGAAACCAACAAAUAAUUUCUGUUUAUCUCAUAAAUACGACGUUCUACAUAAACAACUCCAGUUAUCAAGAUGCGUUCUUCACUAAUACACCUACUCCUCCACAUUUUGCUUCUUAAACUUAGUAAGACCGAAAAAACCACUUUUGAAAAUGUGACAGUUCUGUGGCUUCUUGACGACAAAGUAGAAAUAACGGUAGCUACAUUUAGCAAUCUCAAGAAAAUAAUUCCUAAUGAAGAAGAAGUGUCGGUGGAAAUCACUGGUAACGUUCCCACCUUGUACGAAAAAUCAGUUUACGAUAUACCAAAUCUGAACACUCUCAACCUGACUGACGUAGGUUUGAAAGAAAUCAAACCGGGAGCUUUUGGUAAUUUACCCCGUUUGAAAACUCUCGUUCUGACUUGGAAUAACUUGACAGAAAUCCAAACGAACACUUUUACAGAUCUAAAUGUAACUCAUAUAAAUUUGGCAUCCAACUCAAUCAUCACUCUACAACCCGGAGCCUUCAAGAAUUUCCACGCCCAGCACGUGUCACUUGAUAACAACAAACUCACCGAAAUUCCAAACGGUGUCUUUGAAAAAGCCACCCUUCAAAGCAUAAGUUUGAGUCGUAAUCUUCUUCACACCAUCGCACCAAAAGCUCUGUCAUCAAUUGCAUUAACACGAUUGUUUAUGUUCGAUAAUAACUUUGAGGAAAUCGAUCCGGAAGCUUUUGAUAUGCAAGACUUAAUAGCACUCGAUUUGAACAACAACGCAAUCAAGCUUCUGCGACCUGGUGAUUUGAAAAACCUGCCAAAGUUGCAGCUUUUUACUCUUGCGUAUAACGAGUUGGAAGAAAUCCCAGAAGGUGUUUUCAACAACACCAAACUCAUCUAUUUGAAUCUCAACCAAAACAAGAUCACUCAAAUUGCCAGUAAAGCUUUUGAUGACAUGUCAGCUCUUAUUGAAUUACACAUUGGCUCCAAUAAUCUAACCCAGUGGGACAAUAAUUGGCUAAGUGGGGCAAAAUCGGUUGUUGAAAUUUCGGUCAGUUAUAAUGUGAUAACUCAGAUUCCAGAUGAAGCGUUCAAGAAUUAUCCUCGUGUGGAGAGCAUUAGUUUUCACGGGAACGAAAUUAAGAAGAUUUCAGUUAAAGCAUUUGAUAAGUUAGAGCGCGUAGAUUAUUUAGAUUUGUCUGAUAAUGAGAUUGAUGAGUGGAACCCAGAUUUGUUGGUCAAUGUUAGUGUUGGUAGUUUGGAUCUCAGUGGAAAUAAGUUAAAUUGUAUUGACGGAGAUUUGAAGACGAUUUUCACAAAUGUUGAAUCUAUAAAUUUUUGGGAGAAUCCUUGGAACGAAACGUGUGCUAAGAAGAUUGACGAGUAUAUAAUGAACAUGCAAACAGUGCAGAAGUGGGAUGAUUAAAGUGUAUUCUAGAUCUAUAGAGCAUUUUGAUAGGUAUAAAUA